UAUUUUUUUUUUUGAAAAUUUUGUUUUCAUUUUUAAUAUUCUUGUACAUUUCAGCGUAAAUAUAACACUUUCGUUUAUUUUCGAUGAAAUUACGAGGAAAACAAAGUUUUUAUAAAAUUUUUAGUUGAAAAUUGCGUUAUUUAUUAAAUUAUAGGCAAUAUUUUUUAUAUUAUAUAGAGAGAUAUUAAGUAUUAAAUUAAAGAGCCAUUUUAAGAGUUAAGAAAUGAAAACUUAUCACCUUCUAGCAGCAACAUUUUUAAUAUUAUGUAAUUUCUCCCUUAACUAUGGAUACAAUAUAUUAGCACUGUUCCCCCAUCCUGGAAUCAGUCAUUUCUAUUUUUUUCAACCGCUUCUGAAGGAGCUAGCAAGGAAAGGACAUAAUUUAACAGUUGUUAGUAAUUUUCCUGAGAAAAAUCCGAUUAAAAAUUAUAUCGACAUAACUCUUAGUGAUAAUGUCAUGAAAGAAGACAUUGAAUUGGGAAUUUUCGAACUUAUCGGAAAACCUCCACCAAUUGCAACUUUUUUUAAAAUAAAUAGUUGGGGUCUUGAAGCAUGUGAAAUUGCUGUUAAAUCGAAUGCAGUGCAAAAAAUUCUUAAUCCAGAAUCAAAGUACGAUUUAGUAUUAAUUGAACAAUUUAAUAAUGAUUGUAUGUUAGGUAUAGCCUAUUUAAAAAAUGCACCAGUGAUAGGUUUAAGUAGUUCUAGUAUAUUACCAUGGCAUUAUAGACGUAUGGGUUCACCAUUCAUAACAUCAUACAUGCCUGAUGUUCUUUUAGGAAUAUCAGAGAAUAUGAGUUUUGUAAAUAGAUUAACAAAUUGGUUUUGUUAUCACUUGUCUAAUUUAAUGUACAGAUAUUUGACACAACCAGCUACAAACAAAAUUUUACGAAAAUAUUUAAAUGAAUCUCUUCCCGACGUACAAGAUUUGAGUGAAAAAAUAAAAUUAAUGUUGGUUAAUCAACAUUACUCCUUCUCUGGAGCAAAGCCAUGGAGUCCUUCUGUUAUUGAAGUUAGUGGUUUACAAAUUCAAGAUCCAAAACCAUUAGACGAGAAAUUUAAAAAAAUUCUUGAUUCUUCAAAAAAUGGUGUAAUAUAUAUCAGUUGGGGUUCACUCAUUCGUUCAGAUUCUCUUCCAAUUCCUAAACGAGAAGCAAUAUUACGUGCUUUAAGCAAAUUACAGUAUACAGUUUUAUGGAAGUGGGAGAAUGGAACAAUACCAAAUUGUCCAAAAAAUGUUCAUAUAUUUAAAUGGAUGCCACAACGGGAUAUAUUAAGUCAUCCUAAUGUUAAAGUUUUCAUGAAUCAUGGAGGUUUGCUCGGUACAACAGAAUCAAUUUAUAAUGGUGUACCAAUGGUAACAACUCCAAUUUUGGGAGAUCAAUUUUUAAAUGCAGCAGCAGUUGAAAAUAGAAAAAUUGGUGUAAUACUACCGUUCACAGAAAUAACAGAAGAGAAUGUUAUAAAAGCAUUAGAAGUAGCUUUAAGUUCAGAAUAUCAAACAAAUGCAAAAUCAGUUUCACUAGUAUAUAAAAGUAGACCGGACACUCCAUUGAAUACAGCUGUAUGGUGGGUCGAACAUGUUGCUCAUAUGAAAGGUUAUAUAUUAACAGAAUCAAAAGCUACAGAAUUACCUUGGUACAUUUAUUAUAGUUGUGAUAUUUAUCUUGCAGUUUUUAUAAUAAUUUUACUGAUCUAUUAUUUGAUAAAAUUAUUUAUUAAGUUAAUACGUUUAAUAAGAAAUUUUAGAAGAGAGAAACAAAAGAAAAAUUAGAAGACAAAAAAAAGAACGAUUUUAUUUUUAUUUUUGUUGUUUUAAAGCAAUUAAAGUAAAUUUAGUUUUUAAUUUAAGA